AUGUGCACAGGGAAGGGAACAUUACACCCAUAUCCAACAGACCUCAAAUGUACUCAAGGUCAAGAAUCAAAGCAGAAAGGCUCAUGGAAUAUUGAAAUGAAUUUAGACAUUGAGAAAAAGAUCGAAGAGAUUGAAACACCACCAAUAUAUCAACGGAUGCAACCUUCUUGUAAGACAUGCUAUGAGCCAGGUACGCAAUCCUGCGUGGAAGUAGAAGAAAGUUUCAUGUGCAAUUGCAAGUCUGGAUGGACUGGCUUCACUUGCUGGAAAUCUCCCGACCUCUGUGAGCUUACAGGGCUGCAAUGUGGCCCAAAUGGCAGAUGCGUUUCAAAGGUGGACAAGGCACAAUGUGAAUGUGGUGAAUUUUACGCUGGCGAACAUUGCGAGUACAUGAAGUUGAAUAUGUCAUCAUAUCUUUACGACGAACACAUAGGAGUAAAUGGAGCAACCGCUGCCGCAUUAAUACUAACCACUGGCGACAUUUGCUUAAUGGUAGCAAAAGCGAUACUGAAGCUGUACCGCCCAAAAGAAGGAGAGGACACUCAAGUUUUCUAUCAAAACAUGCGCGCACUGUUUACAUCCAAUGGUGGUCUCGUCAUACUCUUCUUCCACCACCCUGGUAUAAUGGACAUAUCGAUAGCAUCUUGCGAUUUAUGGUGGUUCAUCGGCACAAUGUGUUUCUCCUUGGGGAUAUGCUUCUUUACGUUAGAAGCUGUGAAUGUUUACCAUGUGAUACUCGCAGAAAACAGAAACGUAUGGGGAAGUGCUUUGAAUGCAUCUAUCCUACCAAUCAGCUCAAUUGCAGUUCAAACCUUUAUCGCUGUUCUGUUUACGGGAGGAGUGCUUACCAUAUCUGCAAGUACUCAGGACGGCAAAGUACAUAUAAAGAGAAUCUCCAUUAGCUGA